AGAGCUUUCUUGUUUGGUAAGCUAAUUUUUGCGAAGCCCAUAGAAAAAAGAACAACUCAGAGAAAUGGCAGAGGAGGGACAAGUCUUUGGCGUCCACGCCGUUGAUGAAUGGAACCAACAUCUCCAAAAAGGAAUUGAUAACAAAAAACUGAUAGUUGUGGACUUUACUGCUUCCUGGUGUGGUCCCUGCAAGUUCAUUGCUCCAUUCCUUGCAGAGUUGGCCAAGAAGAUACCCACUGUUACCUUCCUGAAGGUGGAUGUGGAUGAAUUGAAGUCUGUAGCUACUGAUUGGGCCGUGGAGGCGAUGCCAACCUUCAUGUUCAUCAAGGAGGGGAAGAUCGUUGAUAAGGUGGUGGGAGCCAAAAAAGAUGAGCUGCAGCAGACCAUUGCCAAGCACAUCAGUAGUACUUCAUCAGCCUAAUUAAUAUGUUUUACUCCAUAUUAUAUUGCACUUGGUUGAGUGGCAUCUAUCUUAAUAUGAGCAAGAAUUAAUUUAAUUUUCGUUGGAUAUUGCAAGUUCUUACUAUUAAG